AUGGCGCCAUCUGGGCCGCCCUCCGCUCGGCGGUCCACAGCGGCUGUCGCGCGCGUUGCGGCGGCGCUGCUGAUGUUCGCCGCCGCCGCUGCCGCCGCUGGUGAAGGGCCGGUCGUGAGCGGGGCUUUAGCGAGAGCGAGGCCUGGCGAGCUGGUUGGGGGGGCAUGGCGGCGAAAUGGUUCGGACAGUGAGGCGCGGGAUGACCGUGCAUGGCGCGCGGGUGGGAACGGCGAGGCCUGGAGGGGGUAUGGGGUCGACACGGACGCGAGGGGAGAUGGAAUGAGCGAUCGUGUGGUUGGGGGCUCACUCGAACGCGCUGACAGUGACGGAAGUGACAGUGACGGAAGUGACAGUGACGGAAGUGACAGUGACGGAGGUGACGGUGAGAGUGAAGGCGCUGACGGCGACGAUGUGGGCGAGUGGUUGUCAGGGCGGCACUCACAGCAGCGUGCGCGUGGCGGCGACGAGGGGGGGACGCGAGGGCGGUCUCCAAGGGGCGCGCGGUGGGAAUUGCAGGGGGAGCGGACGCGGGAGGGGAGGUGGGAAGCGUCCGGGGGAAGGGAGGUGGCGGAGGAGCGAGGAGGUUCAGUGGGCGGAGAGGAGCGCAGGCGAGGGGAGGGCAGGCGAGGCACGGGUGGGCGACGCAGGCUGGCGGAUGGGCAAGGCAGUGAGGGGGGCGGUGGCGGGUACGACGACGGCAGCAGCGAUGGGCGCGAGCGCAUGCACGUGGGCGCGCGUGGGGGCAUGGCGGGCCCUUGGGUGUGGGUGGACGGAGUUAAACGGCACACGCGGCGGGCAGGGGACAGAUGCUGGAGCCAAUGGGAGAUGCGCAUGUAUGUCACGCGCCCCGACCGUCAGCUGCUGCCAUCGAUGGCGUUGAGGCGGCGCCUGUCGGAGUACCGUCGGAUGCACCGCCGCUGCACGCAGGUCCACGACUGGCUCGCCUUCUACCGCAACCCGGCCAUGGGGUGGAAGGACGGCAUAGAGGGGCUGGGCAACUGCAAGUAUCUCUUCUACAUGCCGCCCGCCUUCCAUGGGGUGGGCAACCGCAUAAUGGCGCUCAUCUCGGCCUUCAGCUACGCGCUGCUGACCAACCGCACGCUCAUCAUCCCGCCCGACUCCUUCCUCUUCCGCUUCUUCUGUGAACCCUUCCCCGGCACCUCCUGGACCAUUCCCCUCGAGGCCUUUAACACCAUAUCCCAGACGGUGCACCGGUCGCCGGCACGCAACCGAGGCCUUGUCAAUGGAUGGGACGGCCAUGACGUCAGCAUGCACAUGUCAUGGGACUCCAAGGCGGACACGUGGGGCAUGUUUUGUGAGGCGGAGCAGCAGGAGAUGGGCAUGGCGCGCUUCGCCACGCUCUACACCGACUACUUCCUCGUGCCGCACUUCUACCUCGUGCCCUCGCUGCAGGUGCAGCUCGAAGCUCUCUUUCCCGAUCGACGAGUCUUCACCCACCUUUCCAGGUACCUGCUGCACCCGGCCAACUACCUGUGGGAUCGCAUCACCCGCCUCUACCACGGCCACCUCGCCCACCACUCCCUCACCGUGGGCCUGCAGAUCCGGGCAUUCGAGGAGACAGAGGAGGACCUCAUGGUGAAUGUCUUUGAGUGCGCCACCAACAUCGCCAGAGUGCUGCCACCUGUCAUGCCCACCGACCAAUGGCGAGACACCGCAGCAUCUGUGACGGAGGAGGCGCUGCUGGGCGUGCGGGGCCGCAGCAUCGGGGCGCUGGUGGUGUCGCUCAACCCCGCGCACGGCGCCAAGCUGCGCGACCGCUACUCGCUGGGCAAGCCACUCGAUGGCUCCACUGUCUCCGUCUUCAGUGUGAGUGGCGAGGGACAGGAGAAGCAGGAGGACCAGCUGCAGUACGAGCUUGCCGUCACUGAGAUGUGGCUCCUCGCCUUCUGGUGUGCCUCUUCUCACUCCCUUCCUCUCCAUCCCCACAUCUUCCCCCCUGCACGCACACCUGCUUGUUCUGUCCUUCCUGUCGUUGCACCCAUGCACCCCUGCGGUGCUGCCAGCGACGUGCUACUGGUGACGGACACGUCCACGUUUGGGUACGUGGCGGCGGGGGUGGCGGGGGUGACGCCCUACACCAUGAACGUGGCCAAGUGGAAGCACAGCGACUGGCGCUCCAACGGCCGCCUCGCCUGCAUGCUCGGCUCGUCCGAGCCGUGCUACGUGCACCAAGUGGAGGAGCGCAUCCUCGUGAGUCUUUAG